AUGGCUUGUAACUCCACGUGUUGGUCACAGCAUUCGUCACAACACAGAAGAGGGACGGGACAGAAGCCCUCAGAGGUGUUUAGGACAGACCUGAUCACAGCCAUGAAGGUGCCAGAUUCAUACGCCCUGAACCCAGAGGACUUCUACUUCCUGGCUGACCCCUGGAGGCAGGAGUGGGAGAAGGGAGUCCAGGUCCCCGUCAGCCCUCACUCCAUCCCACAGCCCAUCGUCAGAGUGCUGUCGGAGAAGGGGAGGGAGGUGAUGUUUGUGCGUCCUAAGAAGCUGAUCCGGACCUCGGGCUCAGAGGCUCUGGGCUAUGUGGACAUCAGGACUCUGGCAGAGGGCACCUGUCGAUACGACCUGGACGAGGAGGACGUGGCCUGGCUGCAUGAGGCCAACGAGGAGUUCAGCGACAUGGCGUUACCGCGGGUGGACGAGGCCUCGAUGGAGCGUGUGCUAGAGGAGCUGGAGCGGCGUUGCCACGAGAACAUGGCGGUCGCCGUGGAGACGCAGGAGGGGCUGGGCAUCGAGUUUGAUGAGGAUGUGGUGUGUGACGUGUGCCGCUCGCCCGACGGAGAAGAGAACAACGAGAUGGUGUUCUGUGACAAGUGCAACAUCUGUGUUCACCAGGCCUGUUACGGGAUCCAGAAGGUGCCCACUGGGAGCUGGCUGUGUCGGAUCUGUGCCCUGGGCAUCCUCCCGAAGUGCCAGCUCUGCCCAAAGAACGGAGGCGCCAUGAAGCCCACGAGGAGCGGCACCAAGUGGGUGCAUGUGAGCUGUGCCCUGUGGAUACCUGAGGUGAGCAUUGGGAACCCAGAGAAGAUGGAGCCGAUCACAAACGUGUCUCACAUCCCCAGUAACAGAUGGGCUCUGAUCUGCUGCAUCUGCAAAGAGAAGACUGGGGCCUGCAUCCAGUGCUCUGCCAAGAACUGCCGCUCUGCCUUCCACGUGACCUGCUGCCAACACGCCGGCCUCGAGAUGAACACCAUUCUCACCGAAGAGGAGGAGGUCAAAUUUAAAGCAUUCUGCCCCAAACACUCAGGUCUGGAGGGGUCCGAAGAUACACAAGACCCAGCCGGAGAGAACCAAAGCCCCAAGAACCCCAAACGCACCAACAAAAGAGACGAGGAGAGCGUCGCCGAAGCUGAAAAGAGAGUGAAUCAACGAAAACUGAAACUACAAGAGAUGGAGGAUGAGUUUUAUAAAUUCGUGGACCCAGAGGAGGUGGCGUCGUAUUUGAAAAUCGCCAGGGAAACGGUGGACUUCCUGUUUCAGUACUGGAAGCUGAAGCGAAAGGCGAACUUCAACCGGCCACUGGUGACGCCCAAAAAAGAUGAAGAAGACAGUUUGGCACGACGUGAACAGGAAGUGCUGAGGAGAAGGCUCCAGCUGUUUACGCAUCUGAGGCAGGACCUGGAGCGGGUGCGUAACCUGACCUACAUGGUGACCCGGAGGGAGAAGAUGAAGCGCUCCAUGUGGAGGAUCCAGGAGCAGAUCUUUCAGCACCAGGUCCGACUGCUGGACCACAAACUGCUCUCAGGCGACCCAUCGGCCAAAGACUUGGAGCGGCUCCUGUCCCUGGGCCUGGUCACGUCUCAGACUCCCCUGAACCACUCCUCCUCCUCCAAGUCACGGAAAUCCAAACACCACAAGAAGAAAAAGCGAAGAAAAUCCCGCGAACACCGAGACUUAACCCAUUCAAGUCCAUCUCAAAAACCAUCACUCCAAACCGACGGCCAGCCUCAUAAUGACAUUACGUGUGAGGCUCUAGAGGCCAAAUUUGAACUGCAAAAUGAGGAAAUCCAACCACAAAAUGUAGAACAAUUUGAGCAAGAAGUCGCUGUGAAAGUUGAAAGCAAAAGAAGUGAAGAUGGUGAAGCUUUGAGGCAUAAACGCAAUCUCAAAAAGCAAGAAAAACGCAAAAAAUCCACACAAAAUGGCUUCAAAGACCGGCAGUUGUCCAUACACUUAGUAGAUAUUCGCCAUAAGGAUUCUGAUAGUUAUGUAAUGUACGGAAACUGGGAAGCGAACGACCCUAACCUGCGGCUAAAGGCUAACCCCAUGGUUCCAAACGGAUUGUCGAAGAAGCAUCACACUAACGGGACAGCCAACGGGAGGAGCUGGGGGAAAUUCAGGAUCCCCAAACGGAAAUUCGAGAACGAGGAUUUGAACAAGCAGCGAAAGGCUAUGCUAAAACCGCUAACGAACUCCAAACAGCGACUUGACACAGACUCGGAUUUGAAACGCUGCAACGGAAACGAGGCUACGUUAACCCGCCGCUACGAUUUUAUCCGCCGCGGGGUGCUAGCGUCCUGAUAGCGAGAACGGAGCUUUAGUGGAGUAGAAAAACGAGGAAAAAUGCUCUUUACAUAUUUUGUGAUAAUGCCUAGAUUACGCCAGAGGUAAUAUUUAUUUUGUAUUUGUAAAACGUUGCUACAUAUUUCAAAUUAUUUUGAGCUAGGAUUAUUUUUUCAAUGUUAGAGAUGUCAAGUUGCCAUACGAGGCGGAAACUUCGGCGUUUUGGAGCGAGUUUGAAUGAGGUGACAGGCAACCGCUAAUCCAGGAAGCAUUUUGCCUUUUUAAUUUCUAUUUAAUAGCUAUUUUUUAAAUUUUGAACAUUCAAAUAAGUUUAAUCCAGGUACGGAGGAACUGGAAAGCAAAUCAUAAUUUAAGCCUUAAGAUUCUGCCCCCAAAUUAGGGUAGAAAUUUAAUCUCCAAUAGAAAAGCUACAUUUUAUUUUAUACAUUUUAAGAAUAUUUUCCAACAUAAAACUUAUUCAAUUUCCAUAAUAUAAUAAACUGGAGGAUAUGUGUUUGGAGUGCUCAUAGAGGGCUGAACUGAAACUGAAAAAAAAAAAAAAACAUAAUUUGUCUGGAAAAAUUGACAAAAAUACCAAAAUUUGGCUGACAAAAUAAAAAAAGAAUCACACUUCAGAGCAUGUUUGUACAGACCUAAACUACACUGAGCUGUUUUUAUGUGGAAUGAAACGGGAGAUUGUGUUUGUCGAGAAAAUUAUGGUGCCAAAAAAAAUGUCAGUCUUGGGAAUUUGCAAAUUGUCGCCAUUCAAAUUGUAAUUUCGAUUCUAUAGGCUCUACAGACGGUUACUGGAAAACGUGGAUGCGUAUGAUUACUUCCGGUGUAGUUCCUGACACUGGGCAAGUGAUAAAACCCAUGAUAAAACCCAUGAUAAAACCAUUCAGCAGCAGCGUCUUCACAACCUGACAAAGAUUUUCAUGGGGGACUGGACUCGAAUCGCAGCUUCAGUGUCACUUACAGUUGAUUAGAACUUUUGAUCUGCCCAACAUAACAGAACACUUACAAAUUAUAAUACACAAAUGAAUCGGCAAUUUAUAAAAGAAAAAAAGGAACACAAUACAUCUAGAUGAAGAAAACCAGGACAUUUUCUCUGUUUUCCCAGAUUUGUCAGAGUUCCUAUCACCAACAGAGCCCAAAGGAAGUCAUCAUCCACAUGUUUCCAAAAUACAAAAAUACCACAAUAUGACAAAAUAAUAGAAGAAUCACCUUUCAGAACAUGUUUGUACAGAUCUAAACUGAAUCUAUGCAGAAUAAAACUGAAGAUUUUGUUGUCUCUUUAAAAAAAAAUACAGUUGCCAAAAAAAUAAAUUACAGUCUUUAGAAUUUUCUAGUUUUUGUCAUUCAAAUUGCAGUUUUGAUUCAAUUGCAAUUAAUCUUGCAGCACCGUCUGUUAAGAUUCUCUUCCUGUUCUCUUGUGAUUGACAGGUGGAUUAACCAAUCAGAACCAUUCCAUCUCAUAUCAAAACAAAAAUCUUGGCUUAUGUACGUACCUACAUUUCAGAAUAUUAUUUUACUGACCAUUGAUCCCAGGUUUGGCUUUGCUUUUUAAUUCGUUUCUGCUUCCUCUAUUAUUUAUUUAUUUUACCAAGACAGAAAAGUUGUCGUCACCAUCAAGUUUUCAAAGCUCAGACUUAAAGGCGCUCUACGGGAUUUUAAUUUAAAAACUUUAAAAAAAAACACAACAUUUUAGAUCCAGUUCUUCCUCACUUGCCUUAUGCAUUCAGAGCAUCCGAAUUACUCACCACGUUGAGUUUAUAAACACUUUUUGCAGCCAGUGUGGGGUUUUGCAUGCUAAUGGGCACUUCCUGAUUAUCGGACAGUAAAACACACACAUAAUAAUUAGAUGCAGACAGUACAGAGGAGACUUACUUGAUCUCAAGAUAGUGGGACCUUUCCAGCUUUUUUUUGACACCCAAAUUUCUUUUUAUUAUUCAAAUAGUUUUCAGUAUAAAUCCACUGCUUCAUGGGCCUUCUACCAGCAGAUGCACAAAGUCUGGAUAUGGUCUGGUACUGGACGUAAUCUUUUGGAUCUGUUUUGGAUCAUUGCAGUCUUCAUUAAGGACGGGACGAGAUUGGGUCCACGAGAACAAGACAAGACGAGAUUUUAACAGAAUUCUACUAAUAUUUACAAUUCACAAUUCAGUUUCCAAUUUUGUCCUCACAUUUGAUUUCAGAGUGUUUCAUAGGGAACUGUAAGAAAUGUAACUCUCCAAGAAGUAAACCUAUUUUGUCCAAUCCAAAUUUAAACACUCUCACGAGAUCAUUUUCCUCUUGUGUGCACGAUCUUGUGGCACAAUCCCGAGUCUUCAUUUAUAACUUUAACUUUAUUAACCCUAUAUAAAAAAAAUAAAAAUAAAUCAUCCUCCUCUUUUGACAAACGCCUCACUCAAACUCGCUGUAAACUGUCUGAACCAAGCCUCAUAUUUUCUCAAGUGUGAUUGUAGUUUGGGACCAUAAACUCAGAAAUGUAAACCAGCCCUGUUUCCACGACAUUGGAGUUCACUUUAUUAAAAUAUAACAUCCAAACUUAUCAAUAAUCGUUUAGUGAGGUCACUUUUUGAAGUAACUAAUCUGGACUUCUUCUGUUGAGUUUAAUAUUUUUUGUUUUAGAAUAUAAGUGUUACAGCGUCUUAUCUGUAGGAAUACUGUUUUAAAAUAACGUGUGAAGUUAACAAAAACUACAAAAAUGGCGGUGAAAAAUCAAAACAAAAACACAAGUGCAGCGUGAGCUCAAUCAGGUGGUGGUUCAAAUCCCUGCUACUUGUAUUGUGCUUUACUAUACAGCUGCCCUUGAGCAAGACACUUUAUUGACAUUUUAUUUGUAUGUUGUAGAGGCCUAAUUGAUGAUUAAAAAAUAGUAAUUGGUCUCAAAAUCAGACCAGGAAUCAUCAGUGAAAUUCCCAAAAGCUGUAUGUUCAAUCAAAAGUGUGUAGUGUAGUUUUGCAUUUUGUUUUAUUUUGAUCCAUAUUGGCGAAUAAACCGCUACUAAACCGUGAUCUAAACUGUGAUCUAAACCGAAUAAAGUGGAAACAGGGCUUGUGCGUUAAUGUAUUUUUGAAAUAAUAGUGUUAAUGUUUGGGCAGGAGUCAGUCGCACUUAGUCAAACAGGCUUAAGUAUUCACUGUAGGACUUUCAGAUGCCACUCUCAGCUUCACAUCUCUCCAGAAUGACCACACGAGCAAACAGGAUUUCUUCAUAAUCAUGGUGAUCCAUAGGCGUACAGGAUGUUGUGAAUGACGUGAGCACUUAGUCGUAGCUGAACUUGUGCCUAAACUUUUGUGGAUGACGCGUUUGCACUAAGGAGAUUUCACUGUCAGAGCUCCGCCGCUGCUCUACUGCUGUUAUGCAAAGUCUGUUCUGUCUUGAAAUAAAAACUCUGGAAAACUUUAAA